UAUUUCUACAAUUUAUCUGUAGUUUAUGAAAUAAAUAUUUUAAGUAUAGUUAAUCUAUGAUUGCCACGGUAGCUAAAGUCAAAAAGUUUUAGCGAACUAAACGAGGCCUAACUCACGUAAGAUCUUCCCGUGCAAGGCUAGCUAUCGCCUCGACCGUACCACCAGUAGGACAUUAUCGCCGCCGCGCCAAGCUCCAUAUAGCCAAAAAGCUCGAUAGCCUUGAGCCUACAGGCCCGGAUCGGAUGUCUGCCGACGACGAGCCUGACAGCUGCUACCGGUGGAGCCGCGACUUCGUUGUCGCGCACGCCAUCUUCGCCAGCGGCUUAGUCACGUUCCCGGUGGCCGUCCUCCUCCUCAUCAACCGGCCGCACACGGGCCGCGCCAUCUUCUUCGCCGCGUUCGCGGCCUUGUGCACCACCAGCAGCCUCAUCCUCUGCCUCCGCUUCUACGCCGAGCUCAGGCGCCCGCCCUGGCCGCGCUGGCUCUCCGUCGCGGCGCCCGGCGGUCUGCAGCAGCAGCAGCAGCAGCAGGAGGAGGACGAGGACGACGACGCUGAUCAGGCGUCAGGUGUCGUCGCCGGGGAAGAAACGACGACGACGCGGGCGACGUCGCACGCCCUCCGCCACCCGGUGGAGCGGCUCGUGAUUCACCGCGCGCGCGCGGAGGUGCAUGCCGCCCUCGCCGCGGGGCGCGUCCCGAGCUACGACUACGUGGGCGACGGCGGCCGGGCCGAGGACUGCGCGGUGUGCCUGGGCGACGUGGAGAAGGGAGAGACGGUGCGCCAGCUGCCGGCGUGCCAGCACGUGUUCCACAGAGACUGCAUCGAUCCGUGGCUGCGAGCGCACGCAACUUGCCCGGUCUGCCGUUCCAGCGUGCUCCCGCCGCCCGACCGGCCGGUGGAGAUCGUUUGGUGGACGUCGGAGCAGUUCAUGAGCAGACCAGGAUGACGACGAUCUUAUCCCCGCGCGCCUGUGAUCACGGGUCGUGUUUGGUUUGCUGGCAAACCCUGGCCAGCGGCCCAGCGCUAAGUUUAGGCUACUUCCAUCCUGGCCAUCAUUUACUUUAGGCUAAUUAGCAAAUAUGUUUGUGUAUUACAACAUGAUAUAUAUAUAUAACUUGUUGCAUAGUGUUA